UAUUUACAUCGAUAGAGCUUUGCUGGCGUAUAAAACAGGUUAUAGAAGCGAGUAACGCUUAUUUUGUUCUCAACUUUGGCGAGAGUGCCAUCUAGCGAGAAGAGCGUGAAACAUCGCGGUUGUGAUUUGUGUACCUUUGUGACAUUUUGGAAAUCCUUGUGAAUCAAAAUGCCUGGACGUCCUAUUUGGCAGUGUGCUGGCAAGCGUGAACCCGAGAAGGAGCAAGAAGCUCAGCAAUGGAUUGAAGCGGUCAUUGGCGAGAGGUUCCCCAACAUGCCUUACGAGCUGGCCCUCCGUGACGGUAUCAUCCUGUGUAAACUGAUGAACCGCCUUCAACCAGGCAUCAUCACCAAGGUCAAUGUGUCCGGUGGUGACUACAAAUACAUGGAUAAUAUUAACCAGUUCCAGAAAGCGUGUGUAAAGUAUGGAGUACCCGAUGUGGAUCUCUUCCAAACAACAGACCUCUGGGACCAAAAGAACAUCGCACUCGUGACACAGACCAUCUUUGCCCUUGGAAGGACGGCCUACAAGCACCCAGAAUGGCGCGGUCCCUACUUAGGCCCCAGGCCAGCUGAGGAGAACCGUCGUGAAUUCAGCGAAGAUGUUCUUCGUGCUGGUAACGCAGUUAUCGGUCUUCAAGCUGGCACCAACAAACUGGCCAGCCAAUCCGGACAGAACUUCGGAGCAUCCCGCAAAAUCAUUCUCGGCAAGUGAAGUACUAGGCUUCCAGAAAUCAGUUAGAGAUGUAUGUACUUGUUUAUUGUAUUAAUUUUUAUUUAAAUUAUCCAAGAAGAUAUUUUAUAUAUUUUUUAAAUGUAC